AUGACGAGCACAUCCAUCUCCUCGCUCUCCUCGCGAUUGAUUUCGUCCCUUCUGUCCUCCUCUUCCACGUCGUCGUCUGAAUCGUCUCGACGGCAUUUUAAUAAUAAGAAUAAUAAUAAUCGCGUCUUCAAAAUCGAAAACGCCGGGAAGAAAAGUGCGUUUCGUCUCUCCAACAACAAGCGAAAAGCGAAGAAAACGAAGCAGGAAGAGAAAGACGAAAUGAAGCGAGCAUUCGAUGGCGAGGGCUUAUCGCCGGAAGAGAGGGUCUCUGGAGCGAAACAUAAAGCCAGACGAUGGUUGGGGCAACAUUUUUUGAUCGAUCACUCGGUUUUAAUCGACGCCGUGAGGAGCGCGGACGUGACGAAAGAGGACGUUAUUUUAGAAAUCGGACCGGGGACUGGAAAUCUCACCGCGGAGUUAUUACGGACCGGAUGUAAAGUCAUCGCGGUAGAGAAGGAUCGAAAUUUAGCAAAAACUUUACGCGAAACGCUCGGAAAAGAGUUCGGAGAAGACGAGCUAGAAAUUAUAGAGGAGGAUUUCAUGAAGUGGAAAGACUUGGAUACGAAGUUUGUAGGUUUGAUAGACGGCGGCGAGAAAAGAGCGAAAGUUGUCGCGAACAUUCCGUACAACAUUACGACAGAUAUAUUGAAGCGAUUACUACCCAUGGGCGAUACGUUUGAAGAUUUAGUGUUCAUGUUCCAAGAAGAAGUCGCCAGACGCUUGGCUACGGAGGAAAGAGGUGAGAAGAUGAUUGAAAACGCAAACGAAGUGAAGAAGAAGAAAAAAAGCAACUCAGAUUUUCGCGCCAUGUCAGUACGAACGGCGUAUUAUUCCGAAUCUCGAUACAUUCGGCCAGUCGCGAAAGACUGUUUCGAUCCUCCUCCAAACGUGGAGAGUUGUUUGAUUGGAUUUAAACCGAAACGGAAGGAACACUUAUUAAAAAUUAACGGUACCGAGAAGCAGUUUUUCACGUUCGUUCAAAGCUGUUUCGCGCAGAAACGCAAAAUGUUAAAGAAUAAUUUACGAGGGACGUGCGACGCGGAAACGAUUGAUUUGGCUUUAGAAAUACUCGGGAGAGGAGAUAAAGUUCGUCCGCAAGAAUUGUUCAUGGAAGAUUACGUCGAGUUGUUCAAUUUCGUGCGAGAGGAACGGAAAGUGGAAAUCGAAGAAAAGGACGACGAAGACGACGAUGAAGACGACGAUGACGACGACGACGAUUAG